AUGCCCACAAAAGGGGAUGGGGACAAACCACAGAUGCUUGGCCAACAUGAUUACCCGCUGAAUACUGAGCCUAAGAGAUCUAUCACCAGACUGACUGUAGAUGAAUUUCCAGUGACAUCCAGGCCUACUGCAGAUGGUAGUGAGCUCUCUGGAAAGGCCAUGCUGCUGCGACCAAGUGCUUCUGCGACUUCAUCUACAAUGAAAAAAAUUGACGAUAAAAAUUCCUGUUCGGGCAUGAGAAUUGUUGACAGUGAAGAGAUGGGUCCAAAUGCUGCAACAGCAAAUGUGAGUCUUGCUGUAGGCCUUCAAGACACACCAAUAGGGAAUACAAAAUGCCGCUACUUACUGACAAGUAUUGACAUCCCACCUCCAGCAAGAAGCAGCAUGCAGAGAACAUCAAACACUGUGGGCAGUGCGAUAAAACAACUAAAUGAUGAUGACAUGUCAGAGAAGAUCAACAAAGUAAAGGAGAUCAACCGAAAACGAGGCUAUCCUGAGAAUGCUAUCAACAUUGCUCUGGAUGGACGUUACAAUUCAAGCACUAUCGCAAGCCGUAAGAAGGCAGGCCAGAAUGCUUCGCAGUCUAUUGCUAUAGCCUGUGAGAUAAUUACAGAGAAACAAUACAUUAUAGCUGCUGCAGUCCAGAAUAAGCUUUGCUGGACAGGUGCCUGGCUUCGCGGAAAAGGAUAUGAUGUUACAUGUCCAGAUGGUGACUCUAGAUCAGCUGCCGGUGUUUCCGAGGCCAUGCGAUUGCUUGACCCUAUGUGGAAGGUGGAGCGCCAGGCAGACCCAAUUCAUCUUGGCCAAGCACAGUUCCGGUGCUGUUAUAAAGCUCACUUCAGUUAUGGUAUGUUCCCAAGUGCAAAGACCAGAGACCAAAGGCAUGAACAACAGAAGGCAUUAAGCCAGGACAUAAAGGCUAGAUGUAACUUUAUACUAAAAGAGCUUAUGAGAAUUCAUACUGGAGAUAUGAAUGCUAUCAAAAAAUAUUUACCUCGUGUUCUGGAUGCUACAGUGAGCUGUUAUGCUGGGGACUGGUCUAAUAACAGCUGGGGACUGCUCUAA